AAUUUGUAAUUUUUAGUGCGAGGUGCAUAAAUUGUAUGGAUUGUGUGUGAAAGUUUCUGUUAUUAUUAAAGAAAAGCACAAUGAUGGGCUUUAAAUGAGAUUGACGUAUUACCAACUGUACUUUUUAGUUUUAUUUUGUUUGAAAACAUUUUAUAGAACGUGUAAAAAAUGGUGACUAUGGAUGCGUCCAAAAUGACGAGCAAAACGAGUUCAUUAAAAGCUCUUAUUUUAAAAGCUUGGCGUGAGCGCUGGACGGACAUUCAAUGGGGUAUUAAUAUCAAAACGAUUCUUCCUAGAGGAGUCAGUGGAGAUCUUUACAACUUAGCUGAUUGUAUUCUUCAACAAGCAAUGGUUGGAUGUGGAGCUAACCAGCUAGUAAUGUCUUACUUAAAACAUUCGUUAGCUUCGCACAUUGUGUCCUAUGCGGCUGUAUUACAAAGAAUCGCAAAGUUCGAUGCAUUUCAUAAGGCCCAUUGUAUUUCAAGCUUACUGGAUUUCUUGGAAACAUUCAUUGACAAUGUAACAUGUCGGGGUAAAAUGGAAGAGGAAAUAUUGGCUAGUGCAGUUUCAUCUAUCAUCCUAUGGUUAUUGCAAGUGUACCACUAUUCACUCAGCAAAUAUAUUUCAUCAAAUCCAAUCCAAGGCCAAGAACUCUUAGAAAAAUCAAGUUCCCUAUUGAACUCAAUUGUAAACUCAGAUUUCUUACAAGCAAUGUUCUAUUUAGCAAAGCAAAAUGAUCCGGAGGAGUAUAAUGAAGUUAUUAAGAAAUGUCAAGAAAUUUCGUCUGCUAUAUUGAUGAAUACACAAUUUAAGGCACCAGCUUCAAUACAUGAGACGUUACAAAAGAUUUGUGAUAUGAAUAUUGAUAAAAUUGCUGCAUUGAAUGUUACGCCCGAAACAGUUACACAUUGUGUUCAGGCUCUGAUAGCUAUUAAUGUGUUAUCUAAUGCAAGUGUUGAUGUACUACAGCUAGCAAGUCAAUUGAUGACUAUUAAAAGAAUCAAAGGAUUCUCACUAUCAAGACUAUAUUGCGAAAUAAUAAGAGCAUGUUUUGUGUCGUUGAAUGAUGCCAGUAGAGAUGCUUCUACACAGGCUUUAUGGGCAGCCUUUACAUUCCUCAGAAUACCUCAAGAAAUUCAGUAUCUCCACAAUACCUGUGGUACAAACAGUAAAGAAAGUGAAUAUUCUGGUGAAGUUGUAGAAGCGUUUGAAAUGCUAUUACAGAGUACUCCUUUGCUAGAUGUGGUUGAUUCUAAGAACUCUUGUAAUUGCAUUAUAUCAUUGUUAGAGUCAUUAGUAAAAUUGAAUGUUGUAUCUGAGAGUCACUUGACAUAUUUUAAUCAAAAGCGAGAAACAAAAGAUAUUAAGUUACAAAAACUAGAGCCAACUGGCUUACAAGGCCCUGUACCUCUUUAUUUAACUCGAGCAGAGCCAACAUUGACUGGAAUAUUGAAGACAAUGUGUGGUGAUUUCCACAAUACUCAUGAAUCAUUUUAUAACAUGCUAUGUCAAAUUGUUGGGAGUACAACUUUGGAUACUAUUCUUGCUGUAGCGACUGUUGAGGGAAAAUUAAAACUCUUUGUUUCUAGACUUAUAAAAUUCAAUGAGUUUGCUUUAUUAGCCGCUAGUGAGAAAGGUGCAACACAAUCUAAGGUAUAUAUAUUUGAUAUGACAUUUCUUAUUCUCUGUUCAAUUGUACAAGAUUACGGAAUUGAGGUAUUAGAUGAAAAUGGUGAUUCAUUUUUUGAACAAUGGGUCAGGGAUUGUAUGCCACAAAAAGGUGUUCAGAAGUGUCCCAAUCAAAUCGUAUUAAAAUGUGAUCAACAAAUUGUUGAUAUAUUCAUUCAUCAUCUCAGUGCGUCUGAUUUUGAUUUUAAAAAUACAAAUCUAAAACCUCAUGACUUAUUUAUGAAUGUAAGUGCAGUAGUCAAGGAAAUACUCUUUGCUUGGGAACAAGGAUCUCUUACUGUUGCUGAUGUAAAAAGAAUGUUAGACUCAAUGAGACAAAAGAUGGCUUGUUUAGCAGUAUGUGGCUCAGUUUGGCUAUGUUCUUAUAUCAAUAUGGUCCAUGGAGAUGUGGUGUUAAAGCCAAUUAAUAUGCUGCAACAAUUUUUAACUCCACCCAGUGAUGUGGAAUUGGCACAGAUUGAAAAUUUCAAAGAGCGCACAGCAUUGAUGAGUCAAAUAAUUAAUAAAAUGCAAUAUGAUGUUCAGCCACCAUCAGUCUCAAAAUCUAAGGCAUUAACCAUCUCACACGGCAUUAUUUCACGACAACCAAUAUUGGAACAGUUGAAGUCUGUAUGGGAUGAUAUCAGAACUAGAGGAUAUUUGCAUGUUGAUGCAACUCAUAUUGUUCAAAGUUUGUUAAACACUGCAGGUCCAGUUUGGUUUGUGACAAAUCUUAUCAAAGAGACACUUAGUUUUCGUUAUCAGGAAGAUCUCUGUAGAUCAGUAGAUAUUGUUCUUGCCAUGUUUUAUUUGGAUAUCGAAAAUUGUACAGAAGCACUAUUACGUCAUGUGUUACCACAGUAUCUGUUUAAUGCAAAGUUGAGUGAGACAUUAGUUGAACCUCAAGCUGCUGCAUUAGCGAAGCUUUCAGCUUAUUGUAUUUUUGCUGCCCUUGAACAGUGUAUGUUGACUAAACAAUCAGCCGGACGUAAACGGCGCCAUGAAGAUAGUGAGGAUUUAGAUGCUGCUCCAUCAAGUAAAUUGAGAAGACUUAAUAAUAACUCCUCUGAUGGUAGUUUGGCAUACUUCUCUCAGGGGCAAAGCAUAUCUGGUGUCGUAUUGAAAGAACCUUUACAAUCAUGUUUGGAAAUGUUGUUUAGAUCAUUCUCUCAAUUGGCAGGGAAAAACGGGCAGAUUACACCUCAAACUCAAUUUAUAUUUGAAUUUCUUAUUUAUAUCAUAGAAUGUGGUCAAGACAGAGCUCAGUUGGUCUUGCAAAAAAUGCCAACUGAAACAGUGCCUACACUUAUUAAAGCUUUGCCGGAUAAUUUUGACAUAAGUUUUAUUUUGAGGUUAUAUGAUUUAUCAACACCACAUGGUAGGAAAGAUGCUGCUAGAGACCUUUGCCUGCUGAGAAAUAUGAGGCUCAGACCCGAAUGAUUAUCUAUCAUGGUUUUUUAGGUUAAGGGAAGAAUUGAAGUGUACAUAGUAUGUUACAAAUGUUUCAUAAUAUAUAUCUUAUACCAUGAA